CUGGUUUUUUGUUGAUAGGAAUUUUCAAACACACCUAAUCAAAGCGGCCUCGUUUUUGUGGGUUACAAUUUUAUAAUUCAGAGGAAAAUUAUGAAUAAAUUUUUGUAAAAUUAUGCUCGUUUUCUCCAACGUUAAUCUGUUUAUAAACUCGGUUCAUCCUAUCUCGAAACUAUAUGAAAAAAAUUGUGUUUGAACCGCGUCGGAGAAAACGGUCAUUGGCCGAUAUUCGUCGAAUUUGAUCCAACACAAUCACCGACAAGAGCUCGACAAAUUAUUUACACCAAUCAGAAAUCUAAAAUUGAUUGGCCAAGUUCACGGAGGUUAAUUUCCCUCGCUUUUUCUCCAACAAUAAUUGAUAAAAUAUAUAUCGUUACUGGAGGCACUGGAGGUAAAGAAGAAAAGCUAAGUGAACAAGCAAGACGACUGCAACGGACUUUCAUUUGUCUUGAAAAACGUAAUUUUUCUUUGAAAUAAAUUGUCUGCACGUGCAGACAAUUAAGUUUUUUAAAAUUCUUUCUUGUCGGUGAACACCCGAUGAUUUUUUUGCAAACGUUCGAUUAUUCUGAUGUGUAAAACUGUUAGCAUCUUAAACUCCAAGGCAAAUUCUGUCGCACGAUUUUUUUCUAAUAAUCCUAAAUCGAGAUUUUUCGUUGCUGUACAAGAGGAGAUAUUUUUGUUUCGACUCUGAUAGCCAAACGCAUACCUAAAAACCAUGACAAAUCAGAAUGAACUAGUCAACAUAUCGUUUGUUGUGUCGGAGAAAUUCAAAAAUGAGGAAGAAUGCAACGAAGAAAUGUGGGAAGCGUACAAUAUGUGCGAGCAGAAUGAAUUUCAACCACAUUGGAUACAGGAGACGGAGUGUCACUGCUUAGAACCCAAGAAAACUGAUGUCUUUGUAAUGGAAACUUUCAGUGGGGAUGUUUUUGAAAAAUUAUCCCAAUCAAAAUGCUUAAUAGUAGGACCUCGUUGUUUGCUCAAUUGUUUUUUAUCCGGUGAGCCUAUUCCUGAAGGCAAUAGUCCUGUUCUCACAACUGCCAUGCGAGGGACAAUUAUUUGUACCACUGGAUUAACACCAGAAAUCAAGAAAAAAAUUCAACAAAGAGUGGAGUACAUGGGUGGCAUAUAUAUGAAACAACUGAGGGCCUCUGUCACUCAUUUAAUAAGUGAUUCUGUCAUGUCACUAAAGUACGAGAAAGCAAUAGAACGAGGAAUCCCUGUAUUAACGGAUGGUUGGGUAGAUGCAAUUUGGCAAGCAAAUAUGAAAGAAUUCGUGAAAUAUGACGAUUCACGAUUCGACGGGUAUAAAUGUCCUGUUUUCAUGAAUCUCAUUGUUACGGCAACGAAUUUAUCGAAGAACCAGAAAGAAACGGCCAAAAAAUUAAUCAAUGAAAACGGCGGGACGUUUAUGGGUGCUUUAGAUGGGUCAAAGGUAAAGGUGGUCCUUGCCCCACUGAAUUGCUCUCUAACGGACAAACUCAGAUACGCCAGGGACAAUAAUAUUGCUUGUUUAAAUGUUGAAUGGGUUACCAAAAGUAUAAGCGCUGGCUACGCUUUGCCAUUCACAGAAUAUCUUGUUUUGUCGACCAAAGGAUGUUCAACACCAGACAAAUCACAAAUUCCGGCUCUCAACUGUUCGAGUAUAAGUAUGAUUAAAGAAUCAGUCAAUACCAACCACAUCGUUGAGGAAACGAUGACAGCAACAAUGAAUUCAAUGACUAGCGCAAACAAUGUUUCCUUGUAUGCUUCAAACGAUUGUCAGUCUCUGGCCCCAUAUAUUUCCAAACUAGACAGGCUUGAUGUCAGAGAAGCAAAAUUGGCUGGCCCAUUUCUUGAUGGAUGCAACAUAUACUUGACAGGAUUUCCAACGAAUCAUCGAGAUAAAAUCAAUCGUAUAUUAAACGCUGGUGGUGCGACGAGAUUGAAUGAUAUUUCCGACUCGAUAACUCAUGUGAUUGUCGGCGAUCCCAGUAAGGCUUCAAAUGAACUUAAGCUCAUUCAUGGCAAAGGAUUGAAUCCUCAUGUACUGAGUCUCGACUGGCUCCAAGAAAGUCUCAGAUUACAGCGUCCAGCUCCUGAGGAACGUUUCAUCGACGAGAAGGGUUCGAGUCCUCAUGCUGAAACAGCUGAGCCACCGUCACCGUUGAGCAAAAAGAACUUACAGAUGUUGCAAAGACCUAAGAGACCAAGGGCACCACAACUUGAUACUGAUCAUCCAAGAGCCAUGGAAAAUACUACCGAAGGUGAAGACGAUGAAACCAGUCUCUUGCAACAAUAUCUUCAAAAAACAGAUGAAAAUAGUGCCUCUGAAAUUACAGUUCAAUAUAAUUCCACUUUGAAACCAACUUCGAAAACAGUCAGCAGAGUUGACUCAUUGAAUAUUUCGAAAACAAAUGUAAGCAUAGAUCCUGAGGUGACGAAGGAUCGAUCCAAUGAUAGUGCUGUGCCUUAUAGUCAAUCUACAACUUCGGAGAAAAUGUUCGAAGGAAAAACGUUUCUCAUAACUGGUUUCGACAGUGAGGAAGCUUCGAUCAUAAUGGAAAAUGUCGUUGAACUUGGGGGACGCCUCGUUUUCAAUUCUCGCACGAGAGUGCCUGAUUACGGCGUCGUGCCUUUACUCGGUGCUGUGCUGAAAGACAAGGUCAAUGAAAUCGUCACUGAACUUUUUAUCGAAGAUUGCAUAGACCAGGACAAAGUAGUUGAGUUCGAGUAUUAUCAUCGACCCAUCUCGAUAUCCGAAGAUGCUAAGCCACUGGCUGAUUUAGUUAUCGCGACGAGCACGUACUCUGGAGUCGAACGAAAUUACUUAACCAAACUGGCUGUUAUUCUCGGGGCCCAACACCAAGACACUUUUGCACGAAAAACCAAUCUCGACCGUACUCAUCUCGCGAGCACACAUCUGAUCUGCCCCGCUCCGAAAGGGAGCAAAUACGCGGCUGCUGUAAAAUGGAAAUUACCAGCGGUUACCGCAGAGUGGUUGAGAGCCUGCGCAAAAGAGCUGAAACAUGUGGACGAAACUUAUUAUCUCGUGGGCGAAGCGAUAGCUCCAGAAAACUCUUCAAAAGCAGCAGAAAGUUCUGGAAUGGGUCCACCUUCAGCCGCGACACCGCGAAAGAUUAUAACACCUCGAAGACACUUCCCUCAGGCUCAAGGUACUCCUGGCUGCGAAACUCCUCCCACUAAUAAAAACCUCAGUCUCGCGAUGGGAAAUACACCAAAAACACCGUGUGGCGGCACAGCCACUCCCGAUACACCGUAUGGCGGCAUAGCUACUCCCGAAACUCCGUAUGGCAGAAUUUUCAGAGAAAAUCCCUCGCCGGCAACGAGAAAAGAAUGGUACCUGUGGACCCAAAAGUUCCCUAAUUUGAAGGAAAAAACACCGCCACCUCCUAAAAGGCGAAAUCCCAGCACCCCAUUGUCAGAACUCCGGAACCAAUUUUGGGAGCUGGUUCAAGUACCCAUACCGCCGAAACAGGCUCGUCAAGAUGAGGACGGUCAAGUUUUCGAACCAGGACCUUCAAUUCCAGGGGGAGAACAGAGUCACGCAAAUAUAACAACAAGAGAAGAAGGAGUUGAACAGGCAACUCCUUUGGCUGAGGAACAACUGAUAAAGCGAAAAUUGUCUUACAGCGAGGAUGUUUCCAAGAAAGCGAUAGAACGACAAAUUGAACAACUUGAUCAAGUUUUACGAGGGGCCAGUAACACACCCGAAAGUCGAUACUCACCUUCCGGUAACGCAAAGGUUUACAACGAACAGCCUACUGAAAGAAUGAAUAAAUGUAUGGUUAAAGAUUCACAACCUGAUACCGUCGAAUGGGAAGAUCCUGGGCAUCAGAGACAAAUUCCUUACGUCCCGAUUUCGCUUGUUGAAGAAGCUAAAGAGGAUGAAACACCGAUGGAAGAGGAACGAAAAAAGAAAUUCAUGUUAUCUGGCAUCAAGGACCGGGUGAAUUAUGAGAUGGUGAUUAAAAAGUUGGGUGGUGAAUUAUCGACCGAAACGCAUUUCGAUCCAACAGCGACGCACCUGUUGUGUAUAAGACCGUCGCGGAAUGAAAAAAUGCUCGGGAGUAUUGCUGGUGGGAAAUGGGUUUUACAUUGCACGUAUCUCAGAGACUGCGACGAAAAGGGGGAAUUUAUCAACGAGGAAAAAUACGAAUGGGGCAACCCAUUGAGUAAGAAUGUGAUUCCCGAGCCAACGGGUGAUACGGAAAAAUCAAUCGCAGCAGCCGUCCAUCGUUGGCGGUUGAAAUUAAGUCGAGAGCCCGGCGGAGCUUUUCAAGAAAUGGUCGCACUGCUUCUAGUUAAUAAAGAAAAAUACGAUCAAUUUGCUCGACUCAUAUCAGCCGGUGGUGGAACUGUCGUGCAGGCCAAAGCACCCUACGAUUCGAGCCCUGGUGGUCGACGAAUCACUCAUUGUUUUAUACAAUUGAACAAGCUCGAUCAACCAGUAGACUGGGCAAUGCUUGCAAGCAAAGGAAUUCUAUGCUUCCAACCACAAUAUCUAAGCGAAUAUCUGACCGCUGAGAAUCCAAUUAAUCCUCGAGAUUCCGUUAUCCCCGAAUUCAAAAAAUAUCUCUCCCUUUUGCCGAGAUAAAGUACGGCCUCAAAAUAGUCUCGAAAAACUUUUCAAAAGAGGUAAAAACACUAAUAACGAAAUUUUUUUCUACAAAUCUCCUUUUACACCAACAAAACAGAUCCGUCAAUCAAUGUUAUUCUAGUCUUGUUCGUAUUAAUUAACAUAUGUACAUAAUGUGCCAUUACGAAGGAUCAUGCGUCGAA